CCGGCACCCAGACGCAUUAAAUGUGAGAAUCCAUCCAUCCAUCCGUCAAUGAAUUCACCACCCACCGAUCCACACACACACACACACACACACAAACCUCUCUCUCGUCGCCUGUCCGUGUCGUGUGUCGUCAGCCUUGCCGUGACGCCAGGCUGUGGCUGCUUUGCCAACAGCCACAGCCUGCCGUCACGAGGUAGCCCUCGACACACGACACGCACAAGCGACCAACCGACCUCACCACAACCAACACACCAGACCUCAUGACAACCUGAUAGUGAUCAUCAUCAGCAGUAGGAAGAUGCGCACACAACACAGAGCCACCUGUCUGAUGCCCGCGCCAUGUCGUGUGUGCGACGCCUUGCUGUGGGGCCAGGCCGGGGUGGGUGUGCCGCGAACCGCAGCUUGACACUCUAGCAGGCCGUCUCACACGCGACACGCAUAGGCGACCAACCUUAGAAGACAGCACAAAACAAAACGAUGCGGCAGCACACAAACGAAGAAGCCCCCCAUGACACACGAAAGACCUCCCCCCUCCCCCUCCCUCUCUCUGUCGCAUCACGGCGCCUGUUGUUGCACUGCUACUGCUGCUGCAUCGUCUUUAUGUGUGUCAGCCGCUUGUGCGCCAGCCUCAGCACCUUUUGCAGGCGGCUCUGCUCGCCACUCAGCCUGUCCUGCUCCCCACUGCACUCGUCAAUGAAGGCCCACGCCUCGUCGGCCGUCCCGAAGCCGGCGUCUGGUAGGGAGAACCUGUCGGGGCAGGUGCUCUCGAGGUAGGCGUUGUGCUCUUCUAGGUGCUUCUGCCGGCUCUUCUCCAGGUUGAGGCGGUAGAGCAGGUCGUUGGUGUGGUCGGCGAGUGCGCGGACGUGACGGUCGACGUCGUCGCACACCGAGAUGGCCGCCUGGAUGAUCUGGGGGGCCGGGGAAGGCCUGCACAGACACAGACACAGAGAGGCAGACAGCAGACAGGGAUAGGUGUCGAGUUGGCCGCUCGCUCUCUCUCUUGUGUAAAUGUGUGUGGCGUGUUUACGUGUUGGUUGGCGUGUCUGCCUUGUUCGUGCUGCUGUUGUUGCUGUGGUUCUUGCCGGGGUGUGUCUUCGUUUUGGGGACCUGUAUGGGCGUCUGUGUCUGCGGCUGUGGCUGCGGCUGUGGCUGCGGCUGUGUCUGCUGCGGACGCGCCGCCUCCAUCCCUCUCCCCGUCUGCAUCUCCCCCUUUCCCUCUCCCAUCAGGCCGUCGCCAUCCUUGGGUGGGCUUCGCUGGGAGCUGAUGCUGCUAUGUUUGCUGGGUGUGGCGAAGGGGUCGUUGGCCCCAUCAUGAACAUCAUCCUCAUAGUAGUCGCUCACCGACUCCCCCUCUCCCCGAGAGAGGCCGUCGUCACUCCCAGGAAACAGACAGCACCCGCCGUCCUCGUGCUGAUGCUCAUGCUCAUGUUGGCCAUGGUGCCCGCGGUGGCCUCUGGGGCCCAGAGUCACGUUGACAUGCGCGUGGGCAUCCUCCCACACGCCAAUGCCGCCAACAGCGGUACCAAGCGACCCGCCCGCCGAGAGGGAGGGGUAGUGCGUGUCGUAGACCUCGAUGCUUUCGGCCACCUCCCGUGUGGGGGUGAGGUCGGUGAUGAUGGGAGCUGGGGGCGGGGUGGCCUGGUUGUGGCUGUGGUCGUGUGGGCUGGCUGAUGCUUGUCGGGGUGUGUGGGUGAGAGGGGCGUCAGGCUGCAGCAGGGAGGUGGCUGUGUGCCGGUGGGUGGGGUCGUGGCCGAGAAUGACGACAUAGCGGGGAGAGUAACUGAGGAGACAGAGAGAGAGAGGGAUGACAGUGUGUGUCACUGUGAGGGUGUAUUUGUGUGUGUGUGUGUGUGGCUGACGACUGACCCCCUCCGCCAGUUCAUGCAGAAUAUGUCCAUGUCCAGCUGCUCGAUGUCCGAGAGGCUCAUGGCUGGGGGCGAUGUCGUCUCGAGGAUGCUCACGUCAUCCCUACACACACAAACCAGAGAGAGAGAGCGAGAUGGCCGCAAUCAUAUCAUGCCCUACCCCACUCACCACCUACCUGUUCUGCAGCUCCUUGACGUCCUCAUCCGUCACUCCCUUGCUGUUGCUGAUGACACGGAUGCACAGGUCGGCGUAGUACCUCCCUCUGGCCCGCUCAGCCUUGGUGCCUGCAAGACCCCAUCCCCCCCAAUCCCCCCACAAUAGGCGGCUGGGGGGCGGGGGAUUUGUGUGUGGGGCUACCGGCGAGAAGCAGCAUAGUAUCGCCGAUGUUGUUGAUGACGCACCGGGCGGCCCUGCCGACUUGCUCCCGGUGCUUCAACACACAGCCGAUGUCUUCGGGCACUACAUACUGCGUCCAUCCGCACACCCACACCUCUGAGUGUUCUCGUGUGGUGUGGUGUGGUGUGGUGUGCUGUGCUGAUGGGCUGACCUUGUCGACGGCGAGCCCAUCGAUGUGGUCCAGCAGCUUGCUCUCGCGGAUGUACUCAGUGGCGAAGUACUUGCCGGGGAAACACUUCUGAGACACACACACAUGCAUAUGCCUUGUUAGGGGUGUUCGCACAGCUGCAUGAGUGCGUGUGGCUGUGUUUGUGCCCUUGCCUCGAUCAUGCUGUAGAUGUGGAACUCCGCCCCAAGACGAUGGAGACUGCAUCACCACACACGCAUAGAACAGACCAUGCACCCAACCGAACACCCACCCUCCCUCCGUCUGCUUACGGCUGUCCCCACAGGACCAGCAGCUGACCAGCACCAGCACCCUCACACGCCGGCUUCCCAGGUAUCUCCGGCUCCCCAAGCUGCUCAGCCAGGCCCCGUCUGUCCCGCGAACGGGCUCCCUUGACGUUGACGAAAUGCCCCACGACGGUGUGGCUCUUGCUGAUCUGCCGGAGUGUCUCGCCGCGCUUGCCCAUGACCAGCCCGACGGCGUCAUUCGGCACUGGGAUGAGCGAGACGUCGUCACGCCUGCACCGUCAGCAAAACACAUCACACCUGCGCGUGUCUGCGGUGCUGCGUACGGAGGUACCCGGUGAGCUUGGAGAUGUGGAGGGUGUGGCUCAGCUGGUUCUGCUGCUGCUGGUUGUUGUUGUUGUGCUGGUUCUGGUGUUGGUACUGCAUGGCAGCUGCGUUGUCCAGGAGGAACAGCAGGUAGGUCCGCGCCUUGUCCACCUGAUCGUGGCCGUCGCCGCUGAUCACAAGCUCAGAACGGCCUGCACACACCACACAACACACAGCAAACCACACAUUCAGGCACAUGCCGUAUCUCGCCACCCCAGAUCUGGAAGCGUGUUGAUCCCUCGCUCACCUCGCCCGGCGAAGUCAAUCUUUGCCCCGCCAGCCAUGGUUUCCAGCACCGGCAGCAUCUCGUCCUCGUCUCCCAGCGCUCGGGCGAGGGUGUGCGGGUUCCUCACAGGCACACGCGCGACGCAAGGGACCAUCGGCGUGCUCUUGCUGUUGCUGUUGCUGCUACAGCGGCUGCUGGAAGGCUGCUGCAUCGCUUUCAGCCGCAGAACCGCGCCAGGAAAGAUCUGCC